AUGACUGGAUUUCUUCUUUCGAUUUGCGCUCUCGACCGCUGCCUCGCUCUUUUCGAUGAAUAUCAUCACCGUCUAAGCCAGCGUCAACUUGUCCUCGCGCUCGCCCCAAGAGCUGGUUCUGUGCGGCGCCGCAGAUCAGUUGCUGGCCAUCACUGCGCCGCAUCCACUCCUUUCUCCAUCCAGAUUUUGACCCAGCGUCGCCGGCCUCACGCACGUCACUCGUUACAUAGCGUUUACAAGAUUUCCAAGAGGCGUCUGGUUAUGGCCUCGCAUUCAGAAAUUCGCCGUCGCUCGUCUGCGGCGGACCGUACGUCAAUUGAGACCUCGGUCCUGAGCAGCAUCUGCGCGACCGCGACUUCGACCUUUGCUUCUGCCCCUGAGCCCGCAUCAUCAUCAUCAUCAUCACCCCUGACCGCCGCAAACGCCCUCACCUCAACAACACCGGGUCCACCUCGCACGAGCAAGCCCAACAAGCAUCGAAGUCUAGACAGCAGCAUCAUGCCCCCGCCGCCAUUACCCGUGGGCAACAUGGCAGCGCCGCCUUCACCCAAGCGGCAUUCACGCACCGAGUCUGCUUGUCGCAUCCCAAACAGACUGUCACUCACUUUACCAAUUGCUCUGCCAACAAGCGAUCCUUCGAGACCUACGCCCGCAGCAACAGCAUCUACACCGUCCUCGGUACCCCCGAUGCCACAGGAUCACUCAGCUCUGCCAUCGCCUUCCAAUGUGAAUGAAUUCAUAACAGUAAUAGCCGCAAAGGAGCGCAGGGUGCUUGAGCUGAGAGAAGCGUUGGCCCGUGAAGAAUCUGAACUCAUAGCGCUCAAGAGGCAGUUCUCCUUGAUGGACACUCUUCACAAACUAGACACUGGCCUCCAUGAUUCCACUAGCAGAGCCUUUACCCCAACCGCAGACAGAGGCAUGCAGUCGCCCAGAUGCAGUGUCGACAUGGACCGCAGGAACCUCCUGCUUCAAAACCAGGGUACACCUACGCAGAGCCGAAGGACGGCCUUUAGGGGACGUCAUACCCGUACAUUGUCACUUCUCUCGCCAGCAAGAACCAAUUCCGAAUUUUCAGUCUUGGAGGACAAGAUUGGGGCAGAUGUCCGGCCUUCCCCAGUCGACCAGAGGCCAACUCGGGCCGCGAACCCGAUGCUAGCAAAGAGAGCCUCGUGGCAGCCCCGAACACAGCAGAGUCCACCCGCUGGCUCGCAGUUCAUGCAAGAUGUCAGGCUCGGUUUCAAGGCGUUUGUGGAGGACAUUCGACAGAUUACAAUUGGUGAUGAGCCUAUCAAUGGGCAAGGUCAGAGUCCUGGGCAACACCAUGCUGGGUCGAUGAACCAUUCAGGGCCCUCAGAUCAGGCUCGGUCCAAAAACGGCCAGACAAGCCAGAGAAUAGCGAGCCGUUUAGAAGCGUCAUCGCUCGUGACGGCUUCCCCAGCGCCUACUAGCACUCGCAAGGACGUGUCACCGGAAAAGUCGCGACCCGCAAAGAGCAAGCAUUUUUCCUGGACGCCUCUGGGCUUUGACUCCAUGGACGACACGGACUGGGCGAAUUGGGAGUCUCCUGUGGCUGCCAAGAGUACGCGCUGGAGCGGCUCUACUGCACAUGGCGGAGCGAUGGACGACAUUCAGAGUAUUCCCGAGUAUGAAGAGCACACAACACCAGUGAAACCAAAAAACUUGCAAACCCCCAUCCUAUCCCCGAACAAACUCGAGGAGAUGCUCCCCAACAUGGUCAACCGGCUCUCGCCCAGCAACAUCAAACGCACGGCCAACAACCUCCUCGACGAGUGGGAAAAGUCCCUAAUGGCACCCGCUACGUCGCCGGACGAGCAGCAGGCGAACAAGGAAAACACGACGGCGACGGAGACAAGAUGA